AUGUCCAAGAACUUUACGGGGCAGCACGGCAAGGCAUAUCUUGUGCAACAUGUCGUCAACACGUACACCUCCGCCGAGGCGGACGACCGCGAAAUGCGUACAGGCAAGCACACAGUGCGCGACCUGUUCUGUCGUGUUUGCCAUAACAUGGUCGGUUGGAAAUAUGACUUUGCCUACGAGACGUCAGAAAAGUACAAGGAGGGCAAGUGUAUCCUCGAGCGCGAGAUGAUCGAGGAGCAACCAGAGGUGAAGCGUGACCAGCAAAAGCCGCCCCGCAUCGUCGAGGUCAUGCGUGAGGUUAUCAGCGAUACAUCCUUCAUCAUUGAGCCCACGGUCUUCCACGCCCUCCCUCUCCCCCUCCCCCUCCCGUCAAGCGUACCCACCCACCUCUUCAAGGCUGGUCCUAUCUGUACCCGCAUUUUCUGGUCCUACGACCUCCACUCCACCGGCAGCGCCAGCCCUGCUGCACAUGCUCGCUGA